AUGGCGGAGGGCGCAGAGGCUGCGAAGAACGGCACGAUGAAGGGGGUGGAGGCGUCGCAGGCUCGCGACGAGGAGGAACGGCGCCGGCUGCCGCGGGGCCGGCGCCCGAGCCGCGGCGCUGCAUCCUCUUCGCUGCGUGAGAAGCGCGAGAGGACUCCCGACAAGUCAGGCGGCGUCAGCAGUGGCGGCGAGAGCGAGCGCGAGGUUGAACGUUCGAGGCUGCCCAGUCAAAAAGCCCCCGAGGAGGGGCGAGACUCGCGGUCGCGGUCGGAGGCCUCCGAGGGGAGGCCCGCGCCUGAACAAAAGGCGGCCGCACGCGUGGGCGCCGCGCGCGCGGCCGCUGCGGGCGAGGCAGAGGAGACCGUGGACUACGGGCGGAUCUCCGUGAACAGUGGAGACGAAGAGGAUUCUUGUCACGCCGCUUCGCGGCCUGAAGCUGAAGCGGGCGUCGGCGCUUGUGGCGACCCCGACGCGCAGGACACGGCAGGGGUCGAGGAGGCCGGCGCCGACCCGCCCGCUGGAGCAGGUGACGAAGACGAAGAAACGCGCGCACGACGCGAGCGGCGGAAGGAGAAGAAGCGGAAGGAACGGCUGGCGGCGGAGCUGCUGAUUGAGCCCGACGGCCCGAAGCGCUACGCCUUUCGAGAGAAGAGACAGAAACGCGAGCGAUUCGAGGCAGAUAUCUCCGCGAAGAAAUCGUACACGGCUGUGCCGACUGGCUUUCAGCUUUCCUCCCUCGAAAUCCCACCUGACCAGGUGCAGGGUCUCCAGCUUUUUGUCUACCGAAAGAAAAGAAAGGCGCGCGACGACGAGCGCGGUACCCGCGCAUCGAUUGUGGGCGCGUUGCACGAGCGGCAGGGCCUGGAGAACGGCGACCUGGGCGUUGCGGGCCCGCUGGAGCCCAAAGAGGGGCGAGGGGUCUCCGGGCCGGGGACACCCUCGGACGCCGACGCCGGCGACGGAGUCGCGUCGGGACCUGGCGCGCUCGACGCGUCCGCGGGGGCGAGGGCAGGACUCUUUGGGCUCGCUAGCCUGGCGACUAACAGAAGACACCGGAAGAAGAAGCGCGGUGGUCCGGGGCGCCCGCGUGUGCACCCGCCGUCUCCGGCGGGGGGGUCCCACGACCCCAGCGGCGCCGGGGACGCCGGGAGGCCCGCAGGGGGGGGCAGCUCUGGGGCUCUGGCCAAGAAGACCCCGACCGGACAGAGACUCGGCGAGCCAAACGCCGACGGACGGCGAGCUGCGUCGCAGCUCGCUGCGGUGGGCACGCGAGCGGAUGGCAGGGGAGGCCAGGCCGGCGCCGCGGCUGCGGACGACAAGGUGGGCGGCUCGAAGAAAAAGCUGAUACCUGAGGCCCAGAGAGUCGGCGACAAGAAGAAGGCCGCUGCGGGGGACUCCGGCGCCGGCAAGAAGGCGACUGGGGCCGGGCUUGGAAAGAAGUGCGACGACAAACAGAGGAACGAUAAUGGAGACGCCGACGAGGAAGGCAGCGAAACAGAAGCUCUCAUCAGUGAAGAGUGCGCGGGGAUGCUCAGAGACAAAUUCCUCCAAGACGCUGGCGCAAUUGAAGAAUAUCUUCCUUUCGGACUGUACUACGCCGACUCUCUCGCGUGCGACGGCGACCUACAGGCGAAGCAGGAGGAGGCACAGAAGGCGCGAUAUUUAGAGGCAAAGAGGGCCUUCCAGCGCGAGAUGUUUCGGCGCCUGUUUUACGCAUCCGCGAUGGAGAAACACACCGAAAACCUGCAGGAAUCUGGCGCCUGCACUGCGUCGCGCAUGCGCUCGCCACGCGACCGGGCGGGCGGCGGGGUCGACACGGGUGUGGAGGCAGCGGCGCCUCGAGCGAGCCUCGAUGUCAAGCGGGAGGCGCCCGAAAAGGGCCUCGAUGCGCGCGCGGAUGCCGCAGCGACAGCAGAGGAAAGGCUGAGGGAAGGUCUGGGAUCGGCGGCGGACGCAGGCAAGUCUUCCUCGAGGCACCGAGCAUCCACAGAGGAGGAGACUUCGGGGCUUGCCGCGGAGGGCGGGGGCGACGUGGAGAGUGAGGCGGUCAACGGCGCGUGGAGCUCCGCGAGCUCGGUGGAUUCCACGAGGCGACGGCGUUGUUCUUUAUCGCCGGUGAACAAGGCUGACACAGGCGCGAGCGUCUCGCAGUUGUCUUCGACGCUGUCGUCCUCUGCGCUGUCUCCAUUGGACGCGCGAGGAGGCCAGCUGGCGACGGGGCCGUCGCUGUCUUCUUCGCUGCUGUCGCCUUCCUCUGCGUCGCCAUCCACGGUCUCCACGGGCGACGGCGCGGGCAGCAAAGCGCAAGAAGACGACGAUCACGCCUUCUGCCGACCCGCCAAAGGGGACGGUCGUUUGGCCUCGGACACCGACGGGAGGGCGACCCCUGAAGAAGCCGCGCGCGUGACGGCUCAAAGCCCGGCGGAGAAACGCGGAGACCAGAAAUCUGAGGAGCACUCGGCACACGAGGCGCGCGGCCGGUCAAGCAGCCGCGCAGAGGUUGCGAAAGAAGAUCAGCGAGAAAGCGAGCGAGGCUGCGACGCCCCAGCGCCAGCCGAACUCGCAGCAGGGACUCACGACGUCGCCACGUCCCCCCGCCUCCUCUCGCAGGAGUCGCACGCCAGCCGAGCGCCCCCGGGCCUCGCGUACUCCGUUCUCCCUUUUCCAGCACACGCGCCGACGGGCGAGGGAUGCUUCGCGGAAGUCCUUGCCCGCGAAACAGGCAAAGAAGACGUCCAGAUGCGGCUGCAGGCCACAAAGCCGAGAGGACCUCCUCCUGUUAUUUACGUCUCUCCUGUUUGUCUUUCUCUGCAGUCUCUUCGAGCGUCCGCAGCUAAUCUCAUGAGAGUCGUCGCGCACAUCGCGGAGCAGAGACCGUUUGUCAGCGGCCUGGCGGCGUCUGCGGCGGGGACUCUCGGCGUCUUGCGGGUUGGGGACCUGGCAGAAGAGACGGCGCCUUUGCUGUUUGGUGGGGAUGCGUGUUUGUCUUCUUUCACAGCACAGGGACGCUCGCCACGAGGGCGGAGAGAGGGAGCCUCGCGGGAGGUCAAGGAGCAGCCGGAUGGGGAGGCGAAGGCGAGCAGUGUCGCGGCUUCUGCGCCCGCCACCGCUUUUUUCAAAGAUAUUCGUAAGGAAACUGCGGGUCUCGAGCCUGCGCUCACCGCGGUCUCGUCUUCGCUCGCCUCUCUUCUGGACUCGCUUCCUCCCUCCUUCCUCUGCGUCGGCCUGCCUCCGCGGCUGGGUCUCUCCGCGACGACGCGGGCGGCGCUGGGUGUCCCCGGGGUGGAGGCCUGCGAAGUGACGCCCGCGGAGGCAGGAGAGGAGAGAGAAAAUGCCGAAGGGGCCCAGGAGACAGACAGGGAAGCAGAGGGCGCGCUGCCGGAGAAGAGAAAGGCCGCCAUGAAAGCGAGGGGGAAGGAGGAGCAUGAGAAGGCUGACGAGGCGAAGGAGGCAAAACUUACGAGAGAUCUGCAGGCGAAAUCGCUGUCGCGUCAAAUUUCUUGUGAAGCUUCAGCGGUGACUUCCGAUUUGCCUUCGCGGGGCUCGGCGACCGUGUCUGCGCCUGAAGCCAAUGCAGGCGAACAGGAAGCGGAGACGCGAGCCCAAGGGGGUCGCGCGCUGGAUGUCUUUGCGUUGUGUGCGGGCGAAUGUGGCGGGCGAAAAACGCAGGGCUCCGCUUCGGAGAAUUCCCUCUACUUUGACGCCGCAACCUUCUCGCACGCGCCCCUGCGCCACUUCCGCUGUCGCGCGUCUCCCGCCGGUCCUUCGGGCCUGUUUCCGCGGUCGCGGCCAGUCUCGUGGCGCCGUUUGCGGGCGCUACUGCGGGCGGUCGGCGCGCGGCGCCUGGCGAGGCUGCAGAUCGAGAACCAGCAGCAGCAGGAGGCCUUCUACGCUCCACCUUCCGACGAGUGGGAUGCGCUGAGCGUCAUUCAUCCUGUCUACCGUCCCUCAGCCGGCGAGGCGGGUGAAGAGUCCGCGAGGAAGAAGCGCUGCGGACUGCUUUUUGCACGCGACGGCGAGUCCUCCUCGGACUCGUGCGAUUUCUCUGAGGACGAUGAUCGCAGCGGAGACACGGCGUUGCCCGCGAAGAAGAAAACGAGCAGUUCCUCGCAGCCUGUGAAGACCGUUCUCUUUCCGUCCUCGGGGUCGUCGUCGCCGGCAGCCACGGGCGCUGCUUCGGCAGGCGCGACCUCGGGACACGCCGAGGAAAAUGGCGCCCGUCCCUCCGUCGGGCUCUCGACUCCCGACGCCCACGCCUCGCCCGCGUCGGCGGCGGCCUCCGGCGCGAACGGCGGACUUAGCACGCCGUCUGCGGCCGGCGGCGCGUGCUCGGGCUCCAAAGCGUCGCCUCCGGGGCUGCCGUCUUCUCUGCUGGCCUCGAUUCCUGCGGGCGCCUGUCAGCCGUUCUUGGCUGCGCGCGCAGUCCUUCAGGCGCGCCAGGAGGAGAAGCGCUUGGCGCUGCCGCCGCCGUUGCCCCUGCGCCCCCACCGUCUCUCUUCCGACCUGGACGCGGUCGCCAAGGCCCUUUGGAGCCCAACCGGCGGCUGCCACAUCGUCGGAUCCAGGGAGAGACACUGGCGGCGGGUGGACCGCGUGCUCGAUGCCUUCCAGUUCUCGCCGCAUCUGCUGCAGUCGAGGCCGGCGGGGAAACCCGAGAAGACCGGCGCGUCACAGAUCGGCAAGGAGGGCGACGACAGGGCCCGCGACCCGCAGAAGCCCGAUAGCAUCAACCGAGCGGUCCUGGAUGCGAUCGUCCUGCCAGGGAAUUUCAAGCACCUGCUGGAGCCUCUCCAUUUCUUUCCCUCGGAGUUCGAACUGGAGGUCCAGCAGGCGCGCGCGCUGGCUGAGCAAGCAGCGCUGCUGGGCAGGCGGAAGCUACAGAGGCGCCAGCGCGGCGGGCGUCUCGGGGGGGGGGGCAGCGACAGCAGCAAGGCGGCGCAGAAAAAGCGGCCGACGGGAGUCGACGGCUUCGGCGCCUGGUCUCCGGAGGAGCGGAGGAAUGGCGACAAACGGGGCGCUGGAGCCUCACAGCCCUUCCCUGCGGGCUUCGCGCCUGGCUCGUCGUGCGCCUCCGCGCUGGCCGCGGAAGGCGCAGCAAACAGCCGGCGCCCGCAGACGCCCGGCGCAGGGCCUGCGGCGGGCUCCCAAUUCGGUGCGCAGGCGGGGAAGCGCGAGGAGAGCGGCGGGGGCGGCGCAGCGGAGAAGGGCACAGGCCUGAUGUGCUCCGCUGCGAGCUUGAAGAAGCUGCAGAGCGACGCGGCGAACAACCCCGAAGUCGAGGCAGACAUUUGGCAGUUGCUUCUCUGGCGCUGGAGAAAGGAAGGCCCCGCCGCGAGCGCCGCGUCCCCGCCCAGUGCGAGUCUCCUCGCGACCGCGACAGCCCCGGCUGAGGCCUCCUCGGGCGAGGGGGCCCUCGCGGCGGACGACGAAGCCGGCAAGCAGGGCCGUAAGAGGCCGCUCGCGCCGGGCGAGACGGAGAUGCCUGCGAGAGAGCCAGACGAACUGGGAAAGCGGCGGAAACAUGACGACGCAGCAGAGGAGGGUCUGACUGCAGACCGAGAAAACGGCGACGCUGAAGCCGAUGAGACAAACGGCGCACCGGGCGUGGGCGGCCACGUAGCGGACGGCGCGCGCCCCCGAAGAACCGCGGCUAGGAGUCGCUUGGCUGAAGUCCUCACAGCCGUCAAGGGAGGAAACCACGCGGCAUCUUCGGCAGAACUGUCGGCGGCUCCCCCUGCCUCGGCUAGCGCGUCUGGGUCGUCGUCCUGUGCCUCCGCAGGAUCGACGGCGACUGCGGCGAGUGCGACGACGGAGAGGCCGGCGGGCGCGUCUCCGCUUCCGAACUCGCCGCCCCCGGGGGUCUUUGGAGCCGCACACGAAGCCGCGACCGCCGCCGCGCUCGCGGCGGCCGCGGCGCCCGGAGCUCCGCCGCUGAAGUGUCUGCUGCGGCUGCUGCGGUACUAUCCGCUGAGCGUGCUCGCGCAGCGCCUGGGCGUGCACCGCAGCACUGUCGCGCGCUGGGCGAAGAUGUGGUCGCGACAGCGAAUCGAAGAAGAAGGCGAAAACGAGGACGACGAGGCGGAGGACGAAGAGGAGGCGCUGGUCGCCUCCUCGGCGUCAUCCGUCAGGGGCCAUGGCGAGGCCUGA